AUUCGAAUUUUGUCAGGCCCAACUUGUACCUGACAGGAAAACCUAAAAUAAACUUCUCUAUAUCUUCACAUAACUAUGUUAAAUAGAAAAAAAAUAUAAUCCCAGGAUAUCCCUCGAGCCCCAGAUAUUCUAAAAUAUCAUGGUGAUGAAUUUCAAUAUUCCCGGAUAUCUUCUGCUAUGUAGCAACAUCUUCUUGAUUUUCUGCCUAAAAAAUAGCCAAGUUAGCUCUUCUGCUCUUGCAUCUGUCUGUCCAAAUACAACUACUUAUAGUCCCAACAGCACUUACAGAUCUAAUCUCAAUGUUCUAUUAUCAUCUUUAGCAUCUAAUGCUUCUCGACCUAAUGGAUUUUACAACUCUACAGUUGGUCGUACGGAGUCAGAGAUAGUUUAUGGCUUGUUUUUAUGUAGAGGAGAUGUUGCGCCACUUGAUUGUCAAGACUGUGUUACAGCAGCUAGUAAAGAUAUCUUAGAAAAUUAUUGUCCAAUGGGAAAAAUUGCUGUAAUUUGGUACGAUGAUUGCUUGUUACGUUACUCGAAUUUACCUAUCUUUGGUAGAUUGGAGGAAUCAGGUGCACUCAUUUUGUAUAAUACACAAAAUGUUAAUGAACCAGGAAAGUUAUUGUCACAACUUGGAAAUAUGAUGGAUGAAAUAGCAAAUUUGGCAGCAAAGGAAAAUGAUGGGAAAAAGUUUGCUACUAAAGAAGCCAAUUUUUCAUCACCCGAGAAACUUUAUACACUUGCACAGUGCACUCCUGAUCUCUCUGAUUCUUCUUGUUACCGUUGCUUGAGAGCUGCUAUUGGAAAUUUACUUGGUGUUGGCAGUAGAGGUCGCAGAGUUCUUCUUCCUAGCUGUAAUGUUAGGUAUGAGUUGUAUCCUUUUUACAACGUUAUGGCUGUCGCGCCACCACCUCCGCCGCCAGUUCGCCUUUCUCCGCCACCACCUUCUUCACAGCACGGUCCUACGACCAGCGAUCGAGGUAAUUUCUUCAUUUGAACUCAAUAUUUUC